GAUUCGAGCACCUCUGCUGUCGUUUUUGUUUUUAGCACCGAGGAGAAAUGGCAACACCCGCCGCCGUGAAUCCGUCCGAGAUGGGCACAGAUCUUCCUGGCGCAGUGGCGAUGGCAGGCGCCGUGGCGAUGGCAGGCGCCGUGGUGGGUGCGGGGCAGGUCAGGAUGGCGGGCACCAUGCCAGGACGAGGGGGCAAGAGGAGGUCGGCAGGGAUGGACUUCGACGAUGAAGAUGGAGAAGGACCCAGCAAAUUCUCAAGAGAGAACCACAGCGAGAUCGAGCGGCGCCGGCGGAACAAGAUGACCCAGUACAUCACCGAGCUGUCGGACAUGGUGCCCACCUGCAGCGCCCUGGCACGCAAACCCGACAAGCUCACCAUCCUGCGCAUGGCCGUGUCCCACAUGAAGAGCAUGAGAGGAACCGGCAACACGUCCACCGACGGGGCCUACAAGCCCUCCUUCCUCACCGAGCAGGAGCUGAAGCACCUGAUCCUGGAAGCGGCCGACGGUUUCCUGUUCGUGGUGGCGGCGGAGACGGGCCGCGUGAUCUACGUGUCGGACUCGGUGACGCCGGUCCUGAACCAUCCGCAGGCCGAGUGGUUCGGCAGCACGCUGUACGAGCAGGUCCAUCCCGACGACGUGGACAAGCUCCGCGAGCAGCUCAGCACCUCCGAGAACUCCAUGACCGGCCGGAUCCUGGACCUGAAGACGGGGACGGUGAAGAAGGAGGGGCAGCAGUCCUCCAUGAGGAUGUGUAUGGGCUCCCGGCGCUCCUUCAUCUGCAGAAUGAGGUGUGGCAGCGCCCCGCUGGAUCACAUCUCCCUCAACCGCCUGUCCAGCAUGAGGAAGAGAUACAGGAACGGAUUGGGGCCGUCCAAGGAGGGCGAGGCGCAGUACUCGGUGGUGCACUGCACCGGCUACAUCAAGGCGUGGCCCCCCGCAGGAAUGACCAUCCCGGAUGAAGAUACUGAAGCCGGACAGACCAGUAAAUACUGCCUGGUGGCCAUCGGGAGACUUCAGGUCACCAGCUCUCCGGUCUCCAUGGAUCUGAACGGGCUCGCGGUGCCAACCGAGUUCCUGUCCCGCCACAACUCGGAUGGCACCAUCACCUUCGUGGAUCCUCGAUGCAUCAACGUGAUCGGAUACCAGCCGCAGGACCUGCUGGGUAAAGACAUGCUGGAGUUUUGCCAUCCUGAAGAUCAGAGCCACCUGAGAGAGAGCUUCCAACAGGUGGUGAAGCUGAAGGGUCAGGUUCUGUCGGUCAUGUACCGCUUCAGGAUGAAGAACCGUGAGUGGAUGCUGAUCAGAACCAGCAGCUUCACCUUCCAGAACCCGUACACGGACGAGAUCGAGUACAUCAUCGGCACCAACACCAACGUCAAGCAGCUUCAGCAGCAGCAGCAGGCCGAGCUGGAGGUCCAUCAGAGAGACGGACUGACGGCGUACGAUCUCUCACAGGUGCCAGUGGGCGGGGUCGGGGGCGGAGUCCACGAGGCCGGAAAGAGCCUGGACAAAACGGAGACGCUCUUCAGCCAGGACAGAGACCCGCGCUUCAGCGACAUGUUCACCGGCAUCUCCGGCUCCGAUAAGAAGAUGAUGGCGCCGUCGUCCACCUCAGGAGGUCAGCAGCUCUAUUCCCAGGGCAGUCCCUUCCAACCCGGGCACUCGGGCAAGACCUUCAGUUCCUCGGUGAUCCACGUUCCCGGGGUGAACGACAUCCAGUCAGCGGCCGGUUCGGCGGGUCAGAAUUUGGCCCAGAUAUCUCGUCAGAUUAACCCGGGUCAGGUCCAGUGGUCCGGCAGCCGGCCGCCGUUCUCCAACCAGCAGCAGCUCCCGGCUCAGUCCGGUAAAGCCCAGUCGUCUCCGUUCACCAUCGGCUCCAGCCACAGUUACCAGGCCGACCCGUCCUCCUACAGCCCGCUGUCCAGCCCGGCCACGUCCUCCCCCAGCGGCAACGCCUACUCCAACCUGACCAAUCGCAGCAAUGCAUUCGACGUGGCGGGUGAGAGUGGGCAGAGUGGCGCUCAGUUCCAGGGUCGACCGUCCGAGGUUUGGUCUCAGUGGCAGAGUCAACAUCACAACCAACAGAGCGGAGAGCAGCACACACACACCCAGAGCAACCAAUCAGAGGUGUUCCAGGACAUGCUGCCGAUGGCCGGCGACCCCACACAGGGAGCGGCCAACUACAACAUCGAGGAUUUUGCUGAUUUGGGGAUGUUCCCCCCGUUCUCUGAGUGAACGCGGACUGUAGAACGUUCUGGAUCUUUAUUAUUAUUAUUCGUUUGUGGUUUUUUAUGACUGCAGUAUUGUGAUCUUCAUCAUCAUCAUCAUCAUCACUCACACCAGCACUGCAUUUACAUUUCACCUCCCGACCUGUACCGCUGUGUUCACACUAGCACUCGCCGAGGGCGGAGACGCACCCACCGGGGGAGUUCAGAGAGCCGUUAAUGCCACCACUAGGGGGCAGAAGUCUGCGGUGGAGGGGGGGUAAAGUGGCGGCUUCCGUAAUGCACCAAUUUUAUUUAAAGCAGCUUAUCGUUGUGACCGAAUACAAUCCGAUCAUUUAAGUAUUAAUUAAGGGCCACGCUCGAGGGCCCAACAGUGGCGAGACUCGAACCAGCAACCUUCUGAUCACUAGGACCAGCACUUUAACCGCUGAGCACUUCUGUAUCUCACCUGCUAGUGUGAACGCAGUGUACCCAAGACACGUAGGCCAAAAGUAUGUGGACGUACCUUCUAAAACUCAGUAUUAGUUUCCCGUUCCUCUGCCACUCGCACCAUCCUACCCUGGCCGAGGAGAGCCGCAGACUAGCACACGCUCCCUCCGACACGUGUGCGGUCACAGACCUGUGAUAGAGAGCCGUAUCGCGUACAGAGUCAGGGUGUAGAGUUCGUGAAUCGUCCACCCGCACACUGGCGCCUCAGCUGAGCUGGCAGAGGUCAUGCAUUUGAGUCGCCGCAAAAUGUGCCGUGUGCCUGUCAGACGCCCGGCCAGGUCGAUAGCACCACUCGGACUGUGUGUCGGCCGAGUGUGGCGUGAAGGAUCGCGUUUGGGAUGAAUCGGAAUGCCAACCAGGCCUCCAGCAGCAGCACCUGGACCUUCCGAAAGCUCUUUUCACGGAAUGAGCACAAAUUCCCACAUCCGAUUCCCACAUUUUCCAGAGGAGCGCAGGACGUCGUAGUUUGGUGUCCACAUAUUUUUGCCGGUUCUUUUUUUUGAUCAGUGCGUUCGUUCUUGGCGUUCGUAUUCGAGCGUGUUUUGUGUUUUUAUUCACUUCGCCGGCGUCGCCUGUACGGUGCAGAAUCUAUAAGCGUCGUGUAUAGCUGUAGUGUGUUUAUUCUAUAGAUCUAACAGUAGUGUGUGUAGGUGCUGUAUGAGCUGUAACGUGUUUCCGAUCAGCUGUGGCUUUUCUUACCGUCGCUUCCCUGCGCCGCGUGGCUGCCGCCGUCUGUGUGACUUUAAUAUUAAAAGAAUAAAUAAAUAAAUAAAACAGGAAUUUUAUGGAAACGGUUUCGAUAUUUUGCACAAAUGAAACGUGACGAUGAGACGAAGGAAGGAAGGAAAUCAUUUUUUUGCUAAAUCAGACUAAAUGUUUGAAUGUUUGAAUGUAAAUACUGUGAUUUUUACAUCAGAGUGUGUAUUUUUCAGCACACACUCUGUGUGUGUGUGUGUGUGUGUGUGUGUGUGUGUGUGUGUAUAAUUGUGUAAAUGUUCCUCAUUGGUUUUGUGAUGAUAAAUGUGCUCGUGACUCCAAAUUCUCAUUAAAUUUUAAUCAAACUCCA